AAGUGUUUCGGCGUUGUUCCACCUUACUGACUGAUUCGGGGUUGUCAAUUGGCCUCACCUUCGGCUUCCGAAGGGUCCUGGCGCUCCUUGCCUUCCCUUCUCUUCCAACUUCCCUCCCGAGUAUCCCUGGCAGCUCUAUAACAAGCCCGGAGAUCGGUAAGAUGAUGACUAAAGACAGUGACGAGUAAAAUUGAUGACUUCUUCCUUAUUCCGUACAGCGCAUGGCGACUUCCCUUGCUUCGAUUUAUGUGUCGCAAGCAUCAUCUUAUGUGAUGAUAACAUCAGGAUACCUUUUCUCACUCACAACUCUUGACUGAAGCUAAAUUCAACCAUACGGUGUGGUCAUGCGACGGCUGUACAUUUCAGCCAGCUACACGUCGAUUAUGAAGACUAGCUCUACUGUCGAAUCUAUCAGGACGGGGCCCGGAACCCUAGUCUCAUUAGCCCUUGCGAUCAAGGCUGUCAUUUUCCCUUGUCAUUUCUGCUUUCUGCGUAGGUGCGCUCAGGCCGGUCUAUUUACAAUGGCACGGAAAUUGAGGAACACGUCACAACUUUACACCAGCGAUGCAGUCCACUCUGGGUACUGCAAGAGCAUCUUGUUGGAAAGGAGAUCUGUCUCCGGACCUAAUUCACAAGAUGUUCUUAACGGAGCGUUGGGAGAUCAAUUGUCCAAUCUUGUCCGGCCCAUUAUCGUUUCAUGCCAUUCGGUGUGUGACGGUAGUGGUGCUGUACAAGGUUGGCCGAGGAAUGAAGGCAUCAGUUUCUUGGAUCUACGUCCUGCGGCCUUGGCCAGUGGAAUUGAUGCAAGAGAACAUCUCGGACAUUACAGUAUACGUUAAGUGUAGUCUUUUAGCAUGUACAGGUUUUUGAAUAUUACAAAUUUUGGCUUCCACAUUCGUCAUGAAUCGAUCUAUUGUGGCGUGCUAGUUUCGACUGUCCGCCAGCUCAGCUCCAGCGCUUCCCAAGGAUGGGAUGUCUGUAGCCUCCGGGUGGAACUUACUCGAGGUUCGGCAUCGGUCUGACAGGUUUGAGAGCGAAGAGAGAUCCAGCCUAUAGUUUUUGUAGUUUGGCUUGACAGGAGCCAGCUGAAGGACGCCUCGCACUUGUCUUCGUUCAAUGGCUAUCAAAGGUCGUACAGCG